UCAGGUUUCAAGCCACUACUAUAGAUAACUCGCUAUAAAAUGAAAGUAAAUUAAAAUUUCAAACGGAUGCUUUACAGUUAUCAUGUCAGAUAUGGACAUUGUAGAAGUUGACGAUGAGAACCAAUUUCACGAAAAUAAAAAUGAAAAUCCUAAAUUAAUUUCUCAGUCAGAAACAAGGAUUGGAGGAAAAACAGAAAGUGUUCGUCGUAUGGUAGAUAUAACCCGUGAAAAACCAAUUAAAGUGUCCAUAAGGGUAUCCGUACCUGUAAGAGACCACCCAAAGUUUAACUUUGUGGGCAAACUAUUAGGACCAAAGGGCAAUUCUUUGAAAAGACUACAGGAAGACACCAUAACGAAAAUGGCAAUACUCGGACGUGGAUCAAUGCGCGAUCGAAACAAGGAAGAAAAAUUAAGGAACUCGGGUGAUCCGAAAUUUUCACACCUUAAAGAUGAUCUUCAUGUUGAAAUAACAGCAUUUGCUCCUCCGGCAGAGGCACACGCUCGUAUUGCAUACGCAUUAACAGAAGUGCGAAGAUUUUUAGUACCGGAUUAUAACGAUGAAAUACGACAGGAGCAAAUGUGGGAGAUGCAAAUACUGCAGAAGGGGACCACGGGGGACGUGACGGAUUCGGAAACGGGCGAAAGCGGCGGAUCUUCGUCACAUUCCGUGGACGAUAAUCGUCAAAAUUACAGCGCCGCCGUUCAUUCGGCCGGCGAGUGUUCACCAGUGCAUAACAAACACAGCAAUAUCAACACUAAUCAUACCAUAGUUAACGUUUCAGAAAAACAUAUUAAUCCGAAUAAUCCAAACGUUUUAACGGAAACUCCGGGAAGAAAACGCCCACUUUUGUCAGGAGAAUGUGCUAAAGUAUCAAUGACUCCAUCGAAGAGGACAGUAAUGGCAAUUUUAGCAAGGGCUCGAACAUCUCAAAUUCACGCUAAAGAUAUGGUCACGUUUUCGCCACAUUUUAAUGGACUCGUUCAAACAGACGUAUCCACAUACCGAGAAAAGCCUUUCAUCCCCACAACCAAUUUGCUUUUGAACUAAAUGUAUAAUUCUCUUCGCAUCAUUCAUAGAUUAUCCAAUCAAACUUCUCUGUAAUCACAAUGCAUGAAAUGUAUGGGUCUUUGUAUGUUUCAAUUUAU